AUAAUGUCGUAAUGCUCUUUGUACCGGUGAUAACACCAACUGCCAGACAGACACCCGCCAUGUACAAGUAACACUAUGGCGACUGCAAAGAAGCUGACAGACAACUAUCUGACCUGUGCCAUCUGUACAGAGGUGUUCACAGACCCUGCCACACUUCAGUGUAAUCACACAUUCUGCAAGUCCUGUCUGCUGAAAUACACCAAAACACAGUCUGAAGCAAUACAAGCCAAGUCCAUCCUAUGUCCCUCUUGUAGACAACAGACAAAGGUGACCAACCCUGGCAGUCCAGUGGAGGAGUGGGUCAGUCAGCUGAAACCAAGCCACGUCAUACAGAGUCUGAUGGACGAUUUUGCCUCAGAAUGCAAAGACUCUAACAUUUGCAGCGUGUGCAAAGAGAACGGGGAGAUAAUUCCGGCUUCUCUUUGGUGUUCUUCCUGUGAAUCUGGAUUCUGUGUAAGAUGCAUCCGCGUGCAUCGUCGUAAUGCAAUGUCCCAGAGCCAUGAUGUGAAGAAUAUCGCAACCAGAGUGAAAUCAUCUAGUUUCAUAUGUGAAUGCCACGACGAAGAAGUCAAAAUGUUCUGCCGAGAUUGUGAUAAAGCAAUCUGUCACAUCUGCUGCAACGUUGACCACAGAUCAUGUAAAGGCAUUGCAGUCAUUAGCGAUGUUUUACCCGAGGUCAAGGCAAGUCUGAUGACCACCAAACUGGAUCUAGAGAAAGAAAUAGCGUUCAAAAUGGAUAUCAUUGAAAAACGUAAAUUACAGACGAAAGAACUGUCCGACAGAACUGAAGAAGUUGUGGCCGAGAUUGUCGUGAGAAGUCAGACAGAGGUGGAGAAGAUACGAGCCAAGGAGAAGAAACUGCUCGAAGAGGUAAACAAAAUCAAGACCAGUGAGAUUGACAAAAUACAAGAAGACUUGAAAUCACGUGAACUCUCAGUCAAAAUGCGGGAAAAACAUGUUCAUCAAAUAGACAAUGUUUUGGAGUCAAACUCUAAAAGGAGAGCGUUUGUUUUAUAUCAAGCAGGUAAGUCGGACUCUCAAACACUCAAACAACUCGACAUUACGGGGGUUGCUGAUAAUAAUUUUGAAGUUCAUUUGGAAAGAUUCACGGGAGCUCUGAACAAUGUCACCCUCGGAAGCAUUAACUCAGCCCAAGAAGAAACCAUUAAUUAUCAUACGGUUCGUCUGUCUUUACAUCAAAGGUUAAAUGUAAAGUCCAACCUUGACACUACCAUUCCUAUAGUUAAGGACAUUGUUGUAAUGUCUGUGAGAGGAGUUAACGUUGUUGUUGUAACUGACUGGACCAACAAGAGUAUUAAAGAAUUUUACACACUUCACGACCAACCAGUGCAGAACAUGUUAAAGUUAGAAGCGAGUCCGUUUGGAAUAACAGAGUUCGGAGACAACCUGGUUCUAGUGAGUCUCCCGUGGAAAAGACAUCUUCGCGUAGCGUCAGUAUAUCCUGACCUUUGCGUCAUCAAGGUCAUACGGACGAUGCGUCGUUACUGGGGAGUGAGCUGUAUGACAUGUGGGGUGAUAGCAGCAGGUGUGUGUGAUGGCGUGUCAUCAUGUAUAGACAUUCUGAACCAGAAAGGUGCAGUGAUCACAUCUGUGUCGAACAGCUUCUUGCAAUAUCCCGAAUAUGUACACGUGACACGAAGCGGAAAGGUUCUGGUGUCUGACAACGUAACCAAGUCUCUCCUGUGUUUAUCACAUCAUGGGGAAUUACUCUUCAAGUACAUCCUCCAGGGAGAUACAGUUGUAAGUGUGCCCCGAGGGGUUACGUCCAGCCACAAAGGAGGAGUUCUCCUUGUCGACAGGGACGUCCACAAGGUGAUGCUUCUGACAGAAGCUGGGGAGUAUGUCAGAGACGUUCUGACGUCAGCUAAUGGGCUGGAUGCACCACAGGGUGUGUUUGAGGACAAGGAUGGAUGUUUGUAUGUCACUUGUAAAGAAAACAUUCAGGUGUUCAAAUGAGACACUUUCCACGUUUCAUAAAGGAAUUGUGGUUUCAAACAUCAUUUGGAGGUUCAUAUAACUGAACAAGAACAACACGUUAUCGGAGGCCACAGUUGUACAGUAUAUCAUAAGAUCACAGGUGGGACAAAUGUUACGCUUUGUUGAUACAUUAAACGGGUUGGGGGUCAAAUAAGUGGCAACAUUUUUUUAAUUAGCUUCUCAUGGUGUUGCUAAUAAUUAAUCAAAUUAAAUUCGCGAUGGAUACAUAUAACAAUACCUGGAUUGACUAAGACAGUCGUAUAAUCCAUUUGUAAGGAUAGCGUCCAGACCUUCAAAGUUCAGUGUGACCUAACAGAGAGAGAAGGUUGAAACUCACCAGAGAUCCCACCAAGUUCAAGGCCAUCACUCUCCAAGCACUAACAGGAAGCCAUAUUGUAACUUGUGUCGUGAAUCCGGUGCUGAAAACCGCCGCCAUGUGUCAUCUGAUGUUAUUAGAAUGAACAAGGCAUGAAGUCAUUUUAUACAAGAGAUAUAAAGACAUUUGUAAGUCAUAAUCAAAACGAUAUAAAUAAUCCACAGAUC